AUGACUGCAUGUAAGGUUGUGAUUACGACUGGAGCCGCCAGUUUGGCCAGACCGAGAGUCUUCCUGCCGACAAAACCCGACCUCAUUGGUCGGAUUAGUCGAAACCCGCCUCAUCCACCCACUUCACGUCUCCUGCUCCCGUGCCACACUUUGUCCGAGUCUCCACUCCGCCUCGAGGAGGCACCUACCGGCGCCUUAUUGGCGCUGGACGGGUGGAAAGCCCUUCCCCGUUCUGCAAUAACCUCCCCAUUUCAUGGGUUCCCAAGCGUUCAUCUGCAGCGCAACGAGGCGGCCUGUUUGAUUGAAGAAGCACCGGUACCUCGGCUGUUUGCCGAGCUCUCAAAUAGGACGCCUGAAUUCGAUAGCUCCGGUCGCCGGUUGGCAUUGCGAAAGCAGUCUCAAGCCCGGUCUGUGCGCUCACCUCUCGGAAACGAGCACAUGUGCCUCAAAAUGCAGCUUUAUUCGAGCCAUCGCUUCCUCUUCCGCGAGAGAGCAUGUUUUCCGGCUUUGGGCAAGACAGGACAACCGGACUGUAUCCUGCAGCUGCCGAGCUGGACGGAAAUGGCCUCUCAAAGCCGGCCGGUAUGGGCGGGUUUUGUUGAUAGUUUGCUCCGUCGCUGGGCUCUAAGCCAGUUUACUGCGCGCAGGCCAGACGGCCGUCAGUCACUGUUCGCGUGUUUUUGA